AAGCAACAGAGAAUCGUCUACAACCACCACAAGCCUGCGCGCGCAAAUUAUUGACCCCGUCGUUCCUACGCAUACCCUCACACUCGCAGGACGAUAUGCCGGCCCCUUCUACGACUCUCCUCAUCGAAGGCUCGUUCGAAGAGCUUGCCGACGAACUCGCACAAUACAUCGACAACCUGAAAAAAUCCCAGGGUGACGAGAGUUCGAAUAUUCAACCCGAAGUUGCGAAGGAUUUGAAGGACAACAAGAAAGAUGAAGUAUUGAAGAAACUUGUCGUGGGCGCACAAGCCCUGAACCAGGCGCCUGAGAAAGAGUUCAUUGCAGCGUACAACCUCCUCAUCCACCUUGUUCGCCAAUCACCAAGUGUGGCCAUGUUCCUCCCUAAAAUAUGCACACAUCUUACUGCUCCUGUCACAUCCUCUCCCGCGAACGGUGGCGGCCUUGCCCUCUCAGUACUCAGUACCAUCUUCAACACUCUCCCCUCUACCAGUGACAUGCGCUUCCAUGUCCUUCUCGCUAUCGUCCGCGUAAUCCGAUCGACCUCGAACUUCGAGACCUUGCGCCCACAAUUGAAGCAGCUGGACCAAUGGUUGGAGGCUUGGAGCCUGGAAGAGGAGGAGAACCGAAAGCUCUACCUAGCAAUCAGUGAUUCGGCCGCUGAUGCCGGAGAGGACGAGCAGGCCUACGUAUAUCUCCUUCGCGCACUCAAAUCUUUCUCUUCGGAGCAAGUUUCAUCUCCCGAGGCCCGUGAAUUGUCCAUUCGCGCCCUCAAAUCGGCGCUCACCCACCCCAACCACUACGAUUUCCAAGAUCUUACCGAGCUCGACUCCAUUCAGGCGCUACGCAACUCCGAUCCCAUCUACUUCCAGCUCCUGGAGAUCUUCAACUCGGAUUUGCUUGACGACUUCAACGACUUCAAGGAUGAGCACGACGGUUGGGUUGAGGAGUCAGGACUUGAUGGUGGUGCCUUGAACAGGAAGAUGAGGCUACUCACGCUCGCUUCCAUCGCUGCUGCCACGGGCCAGACCCGCUCCCUCCCAUACGCACACAUUUCCAAGGCCCUUCAGAUCCCCUCUGAAGACGUCGAGAUGUGGGUCAUUGAUGUGAUCCGCGCCGGCCUUGUCGAGGGCAAGCUCAGCCAGCUCAACCAGACAUUCCUGAUCCACCGCUCAACAUACCGUGUCUUCGGCGAGAACCAGUGGAGAGAGGUGGCAAGCAGGUUGGAUAUGUGGCGGAACAGCCUUGCUGGUGUUCUGCAAGUGAUCACCAAUGAGAAGAUGAGGUUCGCACAGGAGAAGGAGGAUGAGCUCAAGCAGUUGGACCAGAAGAUCGAGAACGCAACGCGGGGCCAAAGAGGAGGCCGGGGAAAGCCACGGGCUCCCAUUGAUGACGAGAGGGACUAGCGUGGUUCAUUUACCCUCUUCUUUUCGUUUCCAUACAAAAUUAGGCACGGCUGGGAUGAUUGUAUGACUUCUGGGAUAAUGAAGGGUCUGCGAGCCCGUAUACACAUUCUAGAAAGCACAAUUAAGAACACUUUUGAAAAUCGAA